AUGGCGCGUGACCCAAACUGCUCCCUUAUCAGCGAUCAGUUGCCUCUGUCAUCCGAGAUCUUCCAAGUUAUCAAGGCUCAGAUCUGGAUUUUCUUAAUCCCAGUAUUCCUGGGUCUUCUGCAAGUUGGUCUAUUUCUGGAACAAACAGGCUUCUUCUUACGACAUGGCAAGAGUUCCCAUCGCACCAGUGUCUUACUUUGGAUCCUGGGAGUUUAUCCGGUAUUCAGCCUCACCUCCCUCAUCUGUUUGUACAUCCCUCGAGCUUCCUUUGUCUGUAACUUUGUGGCUUCCAUAUACCACUCCAUCACCCUCUGGAAGUUCCUUGCAUUGAUCCGGGACUUCUUUGGGGGCUCAGAACGGAUGGCCCAGCAACUGGAAGGGCAGCACGUUUCUCCGAACCCUUUUCCAUGCUGCUGCUGCUGUUGCCUUCCUGAGAUUGCAGCCAAUCGAGCAAACUUGCGAUGUAUGACUGUGGCCGUGUAUCAGCUCUCCCUCAUCCGGACCAUCCUCUUCUUCAUCACCCUUAUCCUCUGGACUGAUGACGAAUAUGACUACGGCGCUGUGGGCUACACCAAUCCCAAUUCCUACAUCAAUAUCAUCAUAGCCAUCUCCACCUUCCUCUCCUUCUAUGGCUAUUUGCUCUUUUACAAGGCCACCAAGCCGGCCCUCGAGGGCUACAACCUGCGCUACAAGUUUGUCUGCAUCAUUUUGGUGCUUGUCCUUUGCGGGCUGCAGAGUGGAAUCGUGGAAACGAUGGGAGCCUUAGGCGCCAUUCCUUGCAGCCCUUCUCUCUCAACUGUUACCCGCUCCCAAAUGCUCUACUACUAUGCUUUGGCCGUUGAGAUGUUCCUUAUUGGCAUAUUUGCUCAUUAUUCUUUCCGAAGAGUUGAACCCUCCAUGGAAGCUCAGCAGGUCAUCCACCAUCAAGCCUCCCAGACCCAGGAGGGCCCAUCUGGUCGUGGUAGUCCUGCUGAUGGUGUAUCUGUGGAGGGAACAAACCCUGGCUACCUCUGUGAUGAGGCUUUCUGUACAAUUGAACAUUCUCCCCUGGACCGCUUUGAUUUCAUUGUAAAGGAGCCUGCGAACAGACAGCAGCAAAAUUGGGAACUUGGCUGCCAGAGAGGAGCCCUGAAGACAGAAGGACUUAGGUUAAACCUACAACAACCUGGAACUGAAACAUCAAGUGAAAUCCAAAUUCAAUCCCACGUUAGCAAAAUGGAAGCAAAUGGAGCCUCUGCCGUAUAG